AUGGAGAGUAAUGUAGAUCAUUUGUGUUUGUUUGCCGGUUGUCUCUAUGGAAACGAACAUAAUAUGUGAACCCCAUUGAAAAAAUAUCGCGUUUGUUCAGGGUGUUUCAGGAAAACCAUUAGACCGAAUUAUACGUUGUUUUCCAAAACCUUUUGUUACAGCCGUCAUUACUUUUUUUUACGAUAACUCAACAAUUAUCGUUUUUAGUUAGCAAGCAAUUAUUUUAAUUUAGUCCAGUGAGGUGACGGAUAGUUUCGUCUUGUUGAAUAAUUCUACGUGGGACGUAUACUGGGCUGUUGUAUGAAAUUUUGAAAAGGGUACAUUUUUUUUUUGAAAAUAUGUUUUAUUUACUGGUUAUAAGUAAUUGUAUAUUUUCUUAUACGACAUAAAUUUAAUAAAACAAUAUAUUUUAUUAGAUGAAAAAUAACAUAUUUUUUUUUUCCGUUAGAAUUGCAAGAGAAGUGCAGGAUCUGUAUGAACAUUUACUACGCCACUGUUGCUGAUUAAGUGAACAACGUAUAGGUGCUUAUAUAUUAUAUUCGGUGAAUUCGUAUUUUGUAUGAUAUAAAAUUAGUAUUAAAAUGUAUAUUAUUAAUUUUGUUUGUACGAUAUAUAUGUAUAUAUGUAAAAAUUCUAAACUACUUUGGCGAUUUUUGAAUUGUUAUUUAGGUAUAACUAUUUGAAACGUUGUAGAAUGUUUAGCAGUUUUUUUUUUUCAAAAUUUUAUAUUGGUUAAUACGAAGAAAUAUUUUGUAAUUUGUAAUUUGUUAUAAUCGGCUUUUAUAUUUUUUUAAUGAAAACGAACGAGUGUUAUUUAUUCUACAGUUAAAAAUUAUAAUACAAUUUUUGAUUUUAAUGUAUCAAAAAAAUAUAUAACCGAACUUUAUCGAGAAUUAUUUUUCGUUUGCAACAAUUUAUAACAUUUUUUUUUUUUUGUAUGUACAAAUAUCGUACAACCAUAAUAAUUGCGUAUACUUAACAUCCGGAAAUCAAAUUAGUUGAAAUACCUAUGACCAAUAAUGUUAUUCUAUACAAUACACAAGAGGAAAUAUGUAAUAAAAAAGGAAGUUAUUAUAAAGAUAAAUAUCUGAAAUUAUAUACAAAUACAAGUAUUAUAAUAUUGAUACGAUCAAAAAAAUCUAUUUCUAAAACUAUAAAACCGUGUACGUUACUGGUAUAUGACUUUAUUUUUUUUAAACCUUUGCAGUGUUGACUAAUAAAUAUGUACAUUAAUCGCCAAUUCGCAAUAAUUACUGUCUUUAUAACAUUUAUAUGUUUCUUAAAGGUAAACAGUUUAUUAUUAUUAUAUAAUAAAAAAUAAAAAUUCAGUCAAACAAUACUGUUUAAUUUUGUCGUAUUUCGUUCAUUUCAUACUCUAAUAGGCAUGUGUUGAAUCCAGGUAUACUCCAGUAGGGAAAAUGCUCUCAUUUUUCAUUCAUUCCUGACAAAUACAAUUAUUAACAAAAUGUAUAAUUUACCGUUACAAUUUACAUAGAAAUAAAAAGAACGAAUAAAAAAGAAUGAGCCCCCAGAAAAGUUAUCUGAAUUCAACACUACUCUGAAGUAAAAUGAUAUACGGUUAGGUAUAUAAGAUUUACCAUUAUUCUUAAAUAUAUUAGGUAGAAUGAUUUUUUUUCCAUUAAUUAUAAUUUAUUUAAUUAUAUAAUGAUAUCAUUUUUUUAUUAAUAUAAUGUACAAUAUUUACGAUUAAAAUGUAACUUUAUUUAUAAACAGAUUAUUAUAAAACUAAUGAUUUCGUUUUCAUCAGGGUCAACAAACGAAAACUCGACCACAACCCAAAUUAAACAGGUACUUUGCGAAUAUAUCACGAGAAUGCUUGAGAGAAAACCACGUCUACCCGGGUAUUACUAUCACUAAUAAGUAUUAAUUUUUAAUAUUAUAAAUUGGGUUAAAAUUAAUGUUUUUAUAGAUUUUAUUCGCUUUAUUAAAAUUAUGAUUUUAUAAUUUUUCCUCUGAAAUGAUUUAUUUUCUUGAUUUUGAUAAUUUGGCAAUAAACUUCUCUUAAUUCUCUUCUUGCUUAAGGUCUCAAUUGUCAAGUUUUUUAAUUAUCACUAUUUCUUGUUUUUUGUUUUCAAAUGUUUUCUAUAUUAUUAUAUAAUAGCUGUAUAACGUGAGUAGCAUGCUAUUAUAUAAAUAUAUUUUGUAGUCUUUAAGAUGCUGUGCGGAGUGAAGAAUGUAUUGGUUUUACAAUGAUGUUUAUUUUAUUUAAUUUUUUUGUGAACAACUUUUCUAUAACACAUUUUACUCUGAUUUUCAAUUGAAGCACUUUUUCUGAAAGAAAAUCUGAUUUGGGUGGUAUUUUGAGGAGGUAAUUUUUUUUAUUCCCCCAGGACUUUUCAUAAUAAAUGGGAAAAAAUUAGAAAAUUUACGAAAUGUAUUAUUUUUAAAUGGUAAAUAUUACGGCCAUUCAAAACAUGUAUAAUCAAACUCCGUUCAGAAUUGUUUUAUGUUAUCAAUGAUUAAUUUUUACGUACAGAUAUACAUUAAAUUUCCUGUUUACCUUCCCUACUUCUCAUCUAUAACAGUGACUCACCCAUCGUGCGAAGUAUGUCAGUUUGGUUUUUUUUAUUUACAUACACAAAGACUAUAAAUAAUUUUAAAAGAUAAUACGUGUUGAAAUUCAAACAUUUUAAAUUCGUAUUUUAGAUAAUUUGUUUUGAAAAUAUAAAAUGUACGUUGAACAAAAUUAUAUAAUACAUAAAAAUUGAAAAAAGAUUGAAAAUGUAGGAGUAAAAUGAAAUUAAAAUAAUAUAUGGACAUACUUCGCAGAAUGGCUGAGUCACUGUAGUAAGUGAGGAGUUGAGAUGAUAUGAUAUAGAGGGGAAUUUAAUACGCAACGACAAAUCUUUACUAACGAAUAACGAUUCUGAGCAGAGUUCGGUUAUACAAGUUUUAAAAGGCCAUAAUAUUUAUGAUUCGAAAAUAAUACUUUUAGUACAUUUUCCCGGGUUUUCUCACUUAUUAUAGAAACUUUUGGGAAAAUUAAAAAUCGAUAAAAAGUGCUAUACAUGAAAAUCGGAGAAAAAUUGUUAGUAGAAAAGUUGUCGAUAGAAAAAAAAAACAAUGCAUUCCUCGCUCCGUCCAAAAUCUAAUGCCGGUAGUACACAUUUGGUGAGACACUGCGAGAGCAGCUGAGCGUGAGAGUGAAUUAGAUGAACUCUUCGUUUCGCUUCACUUUGGCGGCACUCGCUCCGGAGGCGGUUUUUUGUGUCCGAGUCAAAGGCUACGAGAUGCGAGCACAAAAAUCGGAAAAUGCGAGUGCCUGUAAACUGAGGUAAGCUAAAAGUGUACUACGUGCACUCGCGCUUCCUCAGCUCGCCUAAAGUCUCACCAAAUGUGUACUGCCGGCAUAAAAGACAAGCAAACACAGUCGUGUUAUAUUUGAAUAAUUAACAGAACUAAGGGAUACAAAGUAAUAAUUGUUUAACCAAAAAUAUAGUAAAAUAUUUGCAAAGACAACAACUUUGUGAAUACGGGUAAACGAUGAACCAUGUUUUUAACGGACGAGGAAAACUAUAGAUGGUGCAAAGUAUACACUUUAAUAUAGAUAUACACACUCUAAUUUAGUUACUUACUUAAAUACAAAUGGAUAUGAACUAUUUUGAUUUUUUAUUUGCGAUACUUAUGUUUUAUAGUAGAAUUUGAAUCAAUUUAUAUUGUUUAGAAAGAGUGGUGGCUCUAUAUUCACUUAACACUAACGACCAAGAUGCGAAAUGCUAUGUCGCUUGUAUGAUGAUGCGAUUCAAUGUGGUUUGUUGAACUUAUAUUAUUGUUAUUAAUUAUUAUAUUUAUAAUUACUGUAAUGGGCUUUGUAUUUUAAAAACGAACAUAAAUAGCAAACAUGCUAUAAAAACUGACGGAAUUACAUUUCUUUAUAUUGACGGAUUUUCGUGGCUUUCCUAUUGCCGUGACGAAGAUCUUACGCAAUAAACAAUGUAAAAUUAUUGAUUCAAAAAAAACGGGCGACCUAAUCAGCAAAACGGUAGCUCAUUUAUUGAUUUUGGUUAAGUGUAUAAAGGGAGAAAAAGGGUUUUUACUAAAAGAACACGUAAGAGAAAAAUAAUACACGUAUAUUCAUUAUAGUUAUUUGAAGCGGUUGUACCAUUAAUGAAGUACUGAUAAGUAGGGCUAGGAUUAAUAUAUAAUGGAAAUAAUGAAAUGCAUUUGGUUUAUUAAAAAUAUGCGAAAAUAUACCAACCACCCUUCUUGGGUGCAACCAUGCGUCGGUUUAUUCAACCUAUAUUGUUUAUUGUAUAUUUUUCAUUCAGACAAACGGUAAAGGAGAAUAUGACGACGAAGCUCUGAAAAAAUUGAUCAUGAAACCCAGUGUAACCGAGAUUCCGGCUAGAACAAGAAGUGCUAUAGAAAAAUGUGAAAAGGAAGGAGAAGGUAUAUUUUACACCAAUAAAUAUAGCCGUGUAUUAAAUUGAAUUCAUACUCGAAAAAAAAAGAAAUAAUAAUAAUUUACAAAAUCAAUUGUUAUAAUAUAUCCAUUUAUUACAAAUAUAAUGUUUGUGUGCAGGCGAAAAAAAUCGUUGCGAAAAAGCGGUAAACUUUACAAAGUGUAUUUACGCCCAUAAGAACGAAGUAAAGUCGAAAAAUCAAUUACGCCCAUCAUUAUUGUUUGUUUUUUUUCUUCUAAUUGUAUCGUUUCAGAUAAAAAACCAGAACAAGACUAGUUCGGAAUAUCGUCGACGUCCAACGAUGCCAUUCGGUCGGGGGAGACCUUUCGGAGGACGGUAUUAUAGAUCAACGUAA